AAAAGCCAGUCAGUGCACAACGUCAGUUGGCUACUGUGACAUCUGCUCCCGCACCUCGUUAACUCAAAACCUGGGAGCAGUGGGAGAGAAAAUCGCAAACAUGGAUGAAAAAAUAAGUCUUCUGGAGACCAAGCUGCAAAACACUGAAAAGGAAGUCCUGGAACUACGUAGCCUUACUGGUGGCACUCCUCGGGUGGCCUUUUCUGCAGCUCUCAGGGAAUCUGGCUCUGGAGACACCGGGCCUUUUAACACUGCUACCCCACUUAAGUAUCGGAGGGUUUUCUCAAACACUGGCAGCAGCUACAAUCCUUCAACAGGCAUUUUCACUGCGGUGGUCAAAGGAAUGUACUUCUUUCGGUUUUCAAUGUUCAACAACCUCAGAUCUGUUCCCAGCUCUGUUGUGAGCCUCAUGAAGAACAGUGAAAGGUUAACAUCCGUGUGGGACACCUCGGGGUCUGACAGCAACGACAUGGGCAGCAACGCUGUGGUCAUCCUCCUCGAGGUGGGAGACAAUGUGUAUGUGGAACUCCAGGCCAACAGGAUUGUCUAUGAUGAUGGCAUGAACUACAACACCUUCAGCGGUUUUCUGCUUUUCACCGUCUAAUUCAAACAUGAUUUCAGGUUUUUAGAAUAAAAUAAAUCUCUCUUUAUUCACACUGCCAACUAGUAGAUUGAAAAGUGGAAUCUGUGACACUUUAAGGUCGUUUACACCAAGCCAAACUAAUCAUGUGUUGUAAAUACAUUUAUCUUAACAAACAGCAAAUGAUUAAACGUAACGCACUUUGUUUGAGACAUUGUAAUUAUCACAUCUGUGCAUCAGAAUAAAUUUCAACCUUUCUGA